UUGACCCCGACGGCUCGACGCAGAGCAGUGAGCAGAGCAACUGCACAAGCCUUCCAUCCGACUCUCAUCCUCGUCACUACCAAGAGCCUACGCAACACCCCCUAUAAAUACCAUGCGUUUCCACUUCAAUGGCAAGUCAAGCAACCUACCCACACAUCAAAUCCAAGCAAGGAGCAGUAGCAGUCAGCCAACUGCCGAACAUCCGAGCCCACCGAUCACUUCUUUCUCUCCCGCCAGCUGCACUGAGUUCUUGCGGCUUCGUUGCAAUGGCGGCCGUGAACAAGUCCGUCGAGCGGCUGGCGCAGCGCCUGGUGGCGCCGGCCGAGCCCACGCCGGUCGGCCCGCUCCGCCUGUCCUGGCUCGACCGCUACCCCACCCAGAUGGCGCUCAUCGAGUCGCUGCACGUCUUCAAGCCGGCUCUUGACCGGCAUUUUGACGGCGGCGACGACGCUGGCCCGGCGAGGACCAUCGAACGGGCUCUGGCGCAGGCUCUUGUCAACUACUACCCGCUCGCCGGCCAUCUGGGGUUCACGGAGGAAGGUGGGCUGCUGCAGGUCGACUGCGGCGGUGAGGGCAGCGGCGUCUGGUUCACGGAGGCCGCGGCUGCCUGCGCGCUCGAGGACGUGGAGUACCUGGAGCACCCCAUGAUGAUCGCCAAGGACGAGCUGCUCCCGCCCACGCCCGCUCAGGAGGAGGACGAGCGCAGGCUCGUCCUGCUCGUCCAGGUCACCACCUUCGCGUGCGGUGGCUUCGUCGUCGGCUUCCGCUUCAGCCACGCCGUCUCCGACGGCCCCGGCGCCGCGCAGUUUAUGGCCGCCGUCGGUGAGCUCGCCCGCGGCCGUAGCAGCGUGGAAGGCCUGGCGGUGGAGCCGCAAUGGGGCCGCGAGGCGAUCCCGGACCCGGCCGGCGCCGUCGUCGGCAGCCUGCCGAGCCCCGCAGGCGCCAAGCGGCUCGAGUACCUCGCCAUGGACAUCUCCGCGGACUACAUCAACCACUUCAAGUCUCAGUACAACUCGUCACACACCGGCUCCUGGUGCUCGGCGUUCGAGGUGCUGGUGGCCAAGGCGUGGCAGAGCCGCACCCGCGCGGCGGGGUUCGAGCCGGACUCCACCGUGCACCUCUGCUUCGCCAUGAACGCGCGGCCCCUCCUGCACGCCUCGCUCCCGCGCGCCGGCGCCGGGUUCUACGGCAACUGCUACUACAUCAUGCGCGUCUCGGCGCCCGCGGGAAAGGUGUCCGGCUCCUCCAUCCCGGAAGUGGUGAAGAUCAUCAAGGACGGGAAGAGACGGAUGCCCUCCGAGUUCGCGCGAUGGGCGACCGGGGAGGCCGGCGCCGACGGCGGCGAGGACCCGUACCAGAUCACGUCGGACUACCGCACGCUACUGGUGUCGGACUGGACGCGGCUCGGGUUCGCCGAGGUGGACUACGGCUGGGGCCCGCCGGCGCACGUCGUGCCGCUCACGAACCUGGACUACAUCGCGACGUGCAUCUUGGUGAAGCCGUGGGCGCACAAGCCAGGGGCGCGGCUCAUCACCCAGUGCGUGACGCCCGACCGUGUCGCCGCCUUCCACCAGGGAAUGCUGGACAUGAACUGACCGGAGCCGGAGGAGAAGUGAAGCCGAAGGCAAAAGGAUGCGUGGUUAGAGAUAGAUAUGGUUGUUGCAUUGGAUUGGUUGAUGUGUGGAUUGAUUGAUGGUGUGUAGCGUGACUGAAAAUAAGCAACCGAUCCUGAAUUUGGGGAGUUGAUUGUAUGAGUUUGGUGGAAAGCCACCAACAGAACUCGUUUUUCGUGGAGUAUAAUAAACUAUUAUUGGACACA